CACGCGCACACCGCCAACAUCCACCAACUCCCCAACCACUGGUGCGGCCAAGACUUCCGAGCGCGUCAGUCUGCGCGUACGCACCGAUCGGGCUCAGCAGCGCCCCCUAGUGUUCAGUGACAGUGCCUGUAACGUUCGACAUAAGCAACAUGAAUAACUACGUCAAAAUCGCGAUGGUGUUGUGCGCGUGUUUAGUAUUAAGCUCGGCACAGUAUGGCUUCGAGGACUACUCAGCCGAUUACCUCACUAGUUUCGGGUCUCCAAACUUCAACAGCCUAUCAGCCGCAGGAGCGAGAGACCCUAGAGCUAACACGGGACCUGUAGUGUUCCCGCCCUCGCCGCCCGGAGACCCAUCUCAGACAAGUGGCGUUGUUGUAGGUGCUUCAGGAUAUGGCUUUGUACCACCCGGUUCCCAAGGUCGUGCGCUGCCCAGAUAUUUGUACCAAGGCUUCUUCCUCAGAAGAUAAAAAACAACUAGACAAUGCG